AUGACCGGCGAUUGGUUGUCACACGUGACCGACUUCUGGCUCACGUACGGCACUGGGAAUCACCCGAACGUACUGUUCAUAGCGUACGAGGAGUUGAUCGCAGACUCGGCGGCAAUGAUUGACACAAUUGCCCGCUUUCUCGGCAAACAGUUUACGGCCGAAACGGUGGCCAACAUUACGACCCACUGUUCGUUGAAGAUUAUGCGCGACAAUCCAAUGGCCAAUCGGUCCAAACUGGUGACCCGUUACAGCAAACCCGGAGCACAAUUCGUCCGGAAAGGUAUAAUUGGCGACUGGAGGGCACACAUGACAAACUCACAGUCGGCACAGUUUGACGAGCGCUUUGGGCAACCGUUGCGGGCAAUUGGGCUCCGGGUGUGUGACGACGUGCUCACCGCCGAGCGCUGUAUGCAAACAACCGGACGUAUUAUUAAUAAUGUUUAA